AUGGAAAAUGAUUAUAGAAGGUAUGUGCAGAAGUGUCCAAAAUGUCAAAUACAUGGAGAUUUGAUUCGAAUGCCUUCACAUGAGCUUCAUGCAAUGAAUUCACCUUGGCCUUUUAUAGCUUGGGGCAUGGAUGUUAUCAGACCAAUAAAGUCACUAGCAUCGAAUGGGCAUAGAUUUAUUUUGGUUGCUAUUGACUACUUUACUAAGUGGGUCGAAGCUGCUUCAUAUAGAGCCGUCACUAAGAAAGUGGUUGCAGAUUUUGUCAGGAUUAGCUUGAUUUGCCAAUUUAGAGUGCCAGAAUCGAUCAUUAUUGAUAAUGGGGCAAACUUGAACAGUCACUUGAUGAAUGAGAUUUGUGAUCAAUUUAAAAUAGUGCAUCGCAACUCGACCGCAUAUCGUCAACAGAUGAAUGGAGUCGUGGAAGCUGCCAAUAAGAACAUCAAGAAGAUCUUGAGAAAGAUGACCAAAAAUGAUAAAUCAUGGCAUGAGAUAUUGCCUUACGCUUUGCUAGGUUAUCGCACAACAAUUCGAACCUCCACCGGGGCAACCCCUUAUCUAUUAGUUUAUAGGAAUGAAACUGUGAUACCUGUUGAGGUUGAAAUACCUUACCUGAGGAUUAUUCAGGAAGUCGUACUAAGUAAUGAAGAAUGGGUUCGCGCUCGUUGUGAACAACUCAUGUUGAUUGAUGAAAAGAGAAUGGUUGUCGUGUGUCAUGUAAUGCAGAAAUCAUCGGCUGAUGCAGAGAGCAGCAACGAUCCUUUCAAUGAAGAAUCGCUAAACUCUCCAUGGCCUCAUUCUUCCUCUUUUGAGCUUUUGCUUUGUUCAUUUCCCUAA